CAAAAAAAAAAAAAAAGUGUACUAAAGAGCGGAUCUUCUUGUCACGAUGACCACAAGAGAGAAAAAGUUCAGUAUAUCCGUUUCUGAUUAUUCAUUAUCAAAUAUGGUAGCUUCCUCAAUCUCUCUGAGUUGCUUUUCGCCAUGUUUAUCCCACAAGUUCAAUUACUUGUCCCAUUCGAAUGAAUCGCCCCGCAAUACUGCGAUUUCAUCGUUUAACGCCGUCGUUGCCGGAACAGAGACAGCCUCCGACGGCGAUGAUGGACAGAUUGUAGGGCACGUACAGAGAAGGCCUCUAUUGUUAGGACUCGGAACACUAACUGCAAGUGUUCUCCCUGCAACUUCCCUCAAGGCUGAAGAAAUACCAGCAAAGUAUAGAGAAUUUGUGGACUUUACAGAUGGGUAUUCCUAUAUCUAUCCUUCAGAUUGGAAGGACUUUGACUUCAGAGGGCAUGAUUCUGCAUUUAAAGACAGGUAUUUGCAACUACAAAAUGUUAGGGUGAGAUUCAUACCAACUCAGAAAAAAGAUAUCCAUGAUUUGGGUCCGAUGGAAGAGGUUAUAUACAACUUGGUGAAGCAUGUAUAUGCUGCCCCAAACCAAAGACCAACAAUAUAUGACAUGCAAGAGAGAAGUGUAGAUGGGAAAAAUUACUACACAUUUGAGUACGUGCUCACAUCACCAAAUUACUCAAGUGCUUCAUUUGCAACAAUUGGUAUAGGAAAUGAAAGGUAUUACACAUUAAUUGUUGGGGCCCUUGAGAGGAGAUGGAGAAGAGUAAGAGAUAAGCUGAAAGUGGUUGCUGAUUCCUUCAAGAUACUAGACAUAUGAAACUAUAUCAGUGUUUUCCUAAAGGCAUGUUCUAAUUUAUUUAUAGAUUAAGGUUAAAAUUUAUGUAUAUCAGAAGUAAAAUAUGAACUGUUUUGCCAAUCAUACCAUGGGGGAAAAUUUCAAGUUGGCUUGGAAAAAUCGUAGUUGUCUUUUGAA